AAAAUGAAAGUCUCUGUGAAAGUCAAGAAAGCACCAUGGAAAUCGAAGGCGAAGACGGCACGAAGCUCUUCCUGAAGGCCAGAGUUAAGGCUGUAUUCGGAAGAGGAGCGGGAUUCAACACCGAAGACCUAACAGUGUCACGCCGCCACGUUUCACUCGAAUUCAAACCCUCCGCCGACGGAACCGAACGGUCCGAUAGGGUUUUCUUCGAGGUUCUCGGGAGGAAUCCAGUCUGGGUAAUUCCGGGUGAAACGGGCAAAAAGAUUCAAACUUUGAGGAAAUCGGAGACGGGAGAAAUCGCCGCCGGCGAUCGAUUUUGUGUAUCGGGUAAUCUCCCAAUUUGGUUCACUUUGAAGAGACGCGAUGAAGUUAUGGAGGAGAGAGCAUUGGAUGGUGAAAUCGAAUUGGAUAUUGAUCCUGUUAAAGAAUUUGGAUUUCUUGUGAUUGGGAAAGAAUUUGAUCAGUAUCCAAAGAGUAGUGUGCGUGACAUAAAGCAAUGGGAAUGGUUUUUAGAGGAUUCCAGUAAUAGAAAUAGCGAUGAUGAUGAAGAUGGAGAUAAAAAGGUGAGGAAGGGAUUAGGCAAAAAGAGAGGUAGGAAGAACGGGAAUGUGGAUGACGAUUGGAGUGUUGAAAGUGAUGAAGAUAAAGAGUUAAUGGUGAAGUCUAAAAGAGUUGUGACUCCAACUUACUCAACUAGAUCCAAGAAGACGAAGAAAGAUACAAACGCAAGUAGUACUUGUAGCAGUGCUCAAACUAAACAACGAGGAAGAGUAGAUGUCGAAGAUGAUGAUGAUGAAACAUUGGGUGGUUUCAUUGUUAGUGAGGAAGAAGCCAAUUUAGAAGCAGAGGAUGACUCAGAUAUAGAUGAUGAUGAAGAAGAUGAAGACGAAGACGAAGAAUAAUAGCUGAAUCUCCUUAAAAACUUGACUAAACCUGAAAUGUAAGCAAAGCUAAUCUUCUUGUUUUCUAGAACUACAAUCUUUGGUGCAAUUGUAUAAUGAUGUGUGUGUGAACUGAGUUUUUUGAUCUUAUGAUACAUUAUUUGUUCAUUUUUAUGAGUACUUGUGAAAUUCUCGACAACAUUGCAGCUUCUACUUUGGGGUUUUGAUAGCUAAAAACGAUGCCGUUUUUCCUAUUGCUGUU